ACAGCCAGCAACUCAAGCAGACUAACAGCUAGAAGAACAACAAAAGCUUUUGACUACACACGCAAUAUGGAAUAUCAGCAUUGCCUGACAGAAGAAUAGGGAAUAGUCACUGGCAGCAGGACAACAUUCUGGGGAACCGCAAGAGCCUCUUUUGAGCUUCGGUAUGCUGUUCUUCUGCUGUCGGUCAGGUUGAAUAUCACCCAAACACCUUCAGGUUGAAGCUCCUCCUGGUAGAAUCUGAGGGGCGAGAUGGGGAACACGGCCACGAAGUUCCGCAAGGCUCUGAUCAACGGUGACGAGGGUCUGGCCUAUCAGCUGUACGAGGGGAGCCCCCAGUUUAAAGAGAGCCUGGACCCCAACACUUCAUAUGGCGAACCCUACCAGCAUAACACUCCUCUGCACUACGCCGCCAGGCACGCCAUGACACGACUCAUCAGGUCCUUUCUCUUCAGUAAGGACGGCAACCCCAACAAGCGUAACGUUCACAAUGAGACGUCCCUCCAUCUCCUCUGUAUGGGCCCCCACAUCCUAAUGGGGGAGGGGGCUCUGCAGCCGCGGCUGGCCCGGCCCGAGCUGGACGAGAUGAAGAGGGCAGAGUGUCUGCAGAUCAUCCUGAAAUGGACCGGAGCCAAGCUGGACCGGGGAGAGUAUGAGAACGCCAACGUCAACGCUACUGAUAACAAGAAGAAUACAUCGCUGCACUACGCAGCCGCCUCAGGGAUGAAGAAGUGUGUUGAGAUUCUAGUAAAUAGGGAAGCGGACCUGUUUGCGGAGAAUGAGGACCGUGAGACGCCGUGUGACUGUGCAGAGAAGCAGCACCACAAGGAGCUGGCCCUCAGCCUGGAGUCUCGGAUGGUCUUCAGUCUGGCCCCAGAGGGCAUAGAGACAGAGUACACUGCUCUGGACCACAGAGAGCUGUACGAGGGUCUGAGGCCUCAGGAGCUGCGUCGUCUGAAGGACAUGCUGAUAGUGGAGACGGCAGACAUGCUGCAGACCCCUCUCUUUACUGCUGAGGCUCUGCUUAGAGCACAUGUACUGGAGAUCCUCUAG